UGUUUUGACUUUUUUAAUCUUCCUGGGGUCCGGUCGCAGUAGGAAUAUCCGUCUUUAUUCUGAAUAUUUGUAUUUUCUUAUACCUAUUACCUGUUUAGCUGUACCUGGGGUUACGUAUCAUUUAUACGCCAUGUAUAAGAAUGGAUGUCUUCCUUUGUCGUGCCUAUUGUUGUUACUGCUUAUGCACCAAGUGUCUCUGCAGGAUGUUUCAGCUUUUACAGGAGGGUCUGUGAUCCUGAAUUGUUCAACCAUUGACUUGAGCUUAGUCAGUGUGUACUGGAGAUACAGAGACAGUAAGACUGUGUACAACAUAAUCAAUGGAAAAGAGCAGUUGGGUGAACAGGAAGCAGCGUUCAGAGGCAGAGUCAAGAGUUUUCCAGAAGAAUGGAAAAAAGGCAAUUUCUCAAUCAUACUGAACAAUGUGACUGAGUCUGAUUCAGGGCCGUACAGCUGCUUCAUUCCUCCACUCAACAAUCAUCCAAAACUACAGCUGAAUGUUACUACAGAACGGCAAGACUCCAAAUCAGACAAACAGAAGAACAGCAGCAGCACUGAGGGAAGACCACACAGCCUUUUGCUUCUCUUUGCAUUUCUGCUGGGCUGCUCUCUGCUUUCUGCCUGAGCUCUGCUGUGCUGCCUGUACUUUCUGAAGAGAGCUUCAUGUGUAAUGCCGUGCAA